AUAUAUAUAUAUAUUUUUUUUUUUUAAAGACUUGUUCUCCGACACUGAUGAGUGAUUACUGAUCCCUCGUAAUUCCGAAACCCUAAUUCGCAUGCGUCUGAGAGCACGAUGGAUUCACAAAUCCAGAACACCUCAUUGCAACGGCUUCAGAAUGUUGAGAAGAGGAUAAUUACUGUUUUGGAGCUCACUGGAGGAGUGAUGGAGGAAUUGGCGAACCCUAGCGGCCCCAGAAAGGAUCUUAUUAACAAUCACUGCAGCGAGUUCAUGCAACUCAUCAAGGACAUUCAGGUGACAUUGCGAGAAGAAAUCAAAAGUGCCUGUGAGUAUCGUCCUUUUGAGAAGUGCGACUAUGUCCCAAGAAUAUCUAACGAAAUCUGUUCUCAAAAACUGGAAUGUGUCAUUGCACAACUAGAUGAUAUGAAGCAAACAGCCGAAGAUUAUCAUGGCACGGCUUGAACUUACAUCUUCUAAAUCUUGUAGGUUUACACACACCUCUUGUGCAGUGAGAGAACUAUUUUCAUCUUACUCUGAUUGAAUUUGUUUACAGAAUCAAUGGAAGAAUCCUUCUUUUGCCAACUACAAUUGUGAAAGUGUCUGAUGACUUGUUUUUA